CAUCUCCCUUACCUUUCAUUAUUCUCUUUACAAAACCAAUCCCACUACCUUCCGCCACAUAGAUCCCCUUCUUUCGCCUUUCCCAUAUCAAAACCCCAAAAUCUCAAAAUAAAAAACCCAUUCUUCACCAAUCCUGCAUCGUCUCCCAUUUUUUUCCCACCCAGAAAAUCAAAAACCAUCCAAAAUACCCAAAUCAAAUCUCCCUCAAACCUAAUGUUCAAACCCAUUCACCACCCAAAUCACAAAUCCACUCGACAACGGUAGAUCUGACCUUAGUUUCGCUCUCCGGCGACCACGGCCAUGGCGACUUCUCUGUUCUCGUCGCUCUCUGCUCCGACGACAGAGUUCUCAGAUCCGACUCUAGCCAACCCAUCUACGCCUGGAUCGACGUCUUCUAUGUCGUCAUCUUCAACCCGCCAAAGAGGCGAGGACAACACGAUGAAGCCGUUGUGUCGAGCAUAUCGGCCGCCGCUCUGUUCUGCUCCAAAUCAGCUAUCCGAAGGUUCGCUGUCAUCGACCUCCUUUCCCUCAACAGCCAUCUUCAAUGAUAUGGCAAAGAAAGGCCCAGUGGCGGAGAACCCACAGUCGUUGGCAAAGUUGGACGAAGAAGACGAAAAAGAGGGAUCUAGUUCAGAUUGGUCUUCUCCUUCAGAAAUCCACAACCUCGGGGCACUCAAACCCUUCCUCUUCUUCUGGCUACACCAUCUUGCCAGCGUGGACAAGCAUCUCCUGACUAGUCAUCCACCCGGAUUCGAGGAUAUACUCUGAUUGAAACUGUAGUUUUAGUCUAUAAAUCUCCAGCGUCGUCGCUAGAUAAAUUCCCAUGAUUCCUUUUCACUGUCAUCAAAUUGAUGGAUUGGAGAUGAUGCUCUAAAACACAACACCAAUCUGCGACCAAGUGUAAUCGCAGACCGGGAAUGCAGUAAAGUAGCAAGUUAUAUUAUCAACCCGGGGUCUAGAUCUACUGCUUACUCAGUGAUUCUCUGUUAUCUAGCCAACUAAAGUAAGUGAUUGUUGUUUAAACUAAAAGCAGAAAUAAAGCAGGAAUUGAUACGGUUUUCUUAAGCAGGAAAGAGUCACUCGGGAAUGAGUCCCCCUAGCUCCUUAGUUAGGUUCAAUUGCAAUUUCCCCUGGGUUGAUUUACUGUUGAUUAGACUGCGGAAGAUCCGACAGUAGCUUGGAAUCUCUUAAGCUGACCAAGCCCUCUCAGUCUAACUAUCCGGCAGACGACUAGUCUUCACCGGGAUAGAAAGCUGAAGCAGUAAGAACAGAACUCCACUACUGGAAUUAGAUUCCCGUACAAAGCAGUAAACUGGCUAACUCUCGUAUAGCCAAUCUCCUACUAUCGAAUGAUGAGACUCUAGUAACCUAAUCAGAUUCUAUCUAUCUCAGAUUGCAGCAGGAAUCAGGAAAAGUUGAUCAGAUUUCAAUUGACUCAAUAAACAUGCAUCAUUCGAUUAAAAUCAAACAGUAAUAUCAUCCCAAGUCAUUACAAUCAAUCCCCUAACACAUAGAACUAGGGUUCUUCAUCCCCAAGUGAGAGUGAGGUUCUACUCCAUAGAGAAAGAGAAGAAAACAGUAAUCGGAGUAGUCAUACUCAUAAUGAUGAGGAAAAUCUGCUCCGGGAUGAUGAUUUCCACUCCUAGGACGAUCUCCAAGCUUGAUUUGAUGAAACCCAGCUCCAAGAUGGCUUCUAGGGUCAGUUCUUCGCACUUUCUCUCUCUAGGGCUCUGUUUUUGCUCAAGAAAUUCGAUCUCCCUUUCCUUGGCUCGAUUCUGGCUUCAAAAACCCGACUCUGGGCGAAUUACGGGCUGAAUUACGGCCGUAAUCACGUCCUGCCCGUAAUUCGCCCCAAAACGCACGUUUCAAUUAAGCUGAAGGAGGAGGAGAUACGCCCGUAAUUUCCCAAUUACCGCCAGUAAUUUGGGAAUUACGGUCGUAAUUCUUGGGAGUCUUGCCCGUAAUUUUAGCACCGAGAGGAAAUUCUGGGGAAAAGGCUCGGCAAUUGUUUUACGGGCAUGCCCUGACCAAUUACGGUCGUAAUUUGGCAGGGGCUGCCCGUAAUUCCUUCUGUGAUUCGCCAUCUGACCUCCAAAUGACCUGAAACUUGCGCCUAUGCACCUCUUUACUUGCUAGGACCUGAAAUACGACAAAACAACAAACCUAGCAUAAAAUAGGCCAAGGAACAAUCAAUUCGAGCCAAAAUGGACAGGAAACCCGAGUGAAAACACGUGCAAAUACGAUGCUAUCAGGAGAUCUGUACUGUCACAGAUUAAUUCUGAGGCAAAAGCCUGUAAUGCCGCAUCAAGCUGGCAAUUUCCAAUUCGCAAUUAAUAUCACCGUAGGAAGGCCUGGUUUAUGAGGUCAAGGAAUAGGAAGUCGGGAACCCGCCGGACUCUAGCAGAGGAAGCGAUGCCGAUUAAGGCUAUCAAAUGCGCCGGCGUUUGAGGCAGCAUGAGCCACCGACACUCUCCACUUACACCCUCUUCAUCAUCUGAUCCAAAUCUUGCUUGGCUCACCCAUUUACCAUAUCUAUCGGAAAUCCAACACCCAAAAGAAAAUGGAGAAACGAAGUUUGCACAGGCCCGCCAUAUCAUGUGCUUGAAAGAAACCGGUUAAUAUUUG